UCCCAGGAGCCACUCCCAUGGGCUCCUCUCCAGUGCUCGGCCUGGAAGCAUUAGGAGCAGGGACGGGGCAGACCCCCUGAGUGUGAGGCUGGAGCAGGCGGUGGCGCGGGACCCACCUCCGCCCAGACUCUUGGUGAGAGGAGGCCCCGAGAGCAGGGGCAGACUGGAGCCUAGGCCCUCCCAGAACCCGGGAAACUGUGCCACUGGGCUGUGGGAGGGGGCUUGGGUCGGAAGGUGAAGAGCAGCUUGGCCAGGUGAGGAGGCGGCGGUGUACCGCCAGCGGCGUGUACCCAUGCACCAGAGCUGGAGAGGGCCGGGAGCCGUGGUCCAGCAGGCACAGGGCCGGCUGGCGUGGGUCAGAGUGCCCAUCACUGACCCGUGAGAACCCGACUGCCCCUGCCAGCUCUGGCACUGCCCCCUCGCAGCCGCUUGCCCUAGCACCCCAGGGGGCACCCCGCCCCACAGUGGCCUGGUCCGGCCCCUCCCGCCCUUUGCUCCAGUUCCCGGGCUUGGUACCUAUAGUGGGGGUGCUGCCCGCCUGCCAGGCUCCGGGGCCGGGCCCACGGGAGGGUGGGGCGGCUGGGAAGCUGGCACGCUGCCCCCGGGGAGCCUCUCUCGGCAGGCGCCCGGGUGCCGCGGGGGGAGGGGGGAACAAAGGGCUCAUUCUCCCCAUGCGCAGCCGGUGGCAUCGCCGGGGCGUUGGCGGAAGCCCCCGGGGCACGGGAGGGGGCAGGCCCAGGCGGGGCCGCCGAAUCACGGGCUCCUGUUUCCCGCAGGGUGCUGGAGGAGGAAACCGGCGGAGCAGCUUCCUCACUCUCAGUUGCGCGUCUGGCGAUGGCGAUCAGAGGUCCUGCUGCGCUCCCCGCUGCGCUCUCCCUCCAUUAGCCGCGCUGCCCCGCUUUGCGCCCUCGCUGGUGCUCUCGUCUGGGUUCCAGGAUCGGCGCCCCCUUCCAGGCACGACCCCCUCCCCCGGCCCCUCGGCCUUUCCCCCACUCGGCCGUCUCCGACCCGGGGCGCGCGUUCCCCCGGCCCGGCUCCCUCUCUCCCUCCGGGGACACCGCUCCCUAGCCCCAGCCCGGCCCUCCCCGCGGCGCAGCACGGAGUCUCCGCGUCCCAUGGCGCAACCCACUGCCUCGGCCCAAAAGCUGGUGCGGCCGAUCCGCGCCGUGUGCCGCAUCCUGCAGAUCCCGGAGUCCGACCCCUCCAACCUGCGGCCCUAGAGCGCUCCCGCUGCCCCGGGGGAGAGAGAGCGCCAGCGCGCUGAGCACGGAGCGCUGAGCACGGAGCGCGGGGUAGCGAGGCCUCGCCCGCCGGCCGGGAGGCCCCGGAGCCAGCCCAUGGGGAGCGAGCGUCCGACGCCGGCCCCGAGGACCACCGCCCGAGCCGCACCUGGCCCGUGAAGCCCAGGGACCCCCUCUGGGAGAGCCCCAUGAGGGCAGGAGAGUGAUGGAGAGUACGCCCAGCUUCCUGAAGGACACCCCAGCCUGGGAGAAGACUGCCCCUGAGAAUGGCAUCAUGGGACGAGAGCCGAAUGCCCUGCCACGAGACGGCCUGCGCCAUGGGGCACUGUGCCUGGGAGAGCCUGCUCCCUUCUGGAGGGGUGUCCUGAGCACCCCAAACUCCUGGCUUCCCCCUGGCUUCCCUCAGGGCCCCAAGGACACGCUCCCACUGGUGGAGGGUGAAGGCCCCCGGAAUGGGGAGAGGAAGGCCAGCUGGCUGAGCGGCAAGGAGGGGCUGCGCUGGAAAGAGGCGAUGCUCACCCAUCCACUGGCAUUAUAUGGGUCAGCAUGCCCGCCUCGCUAUGGCCCCCUGAUUCCUGAGCAUAGCAGUGGCCAUCCAAAAAGUGACCCUGUGGCCUUCCGGCCCUUGCACUGCCCCUUCCUGCUGGAGACCAAGAUCUUGGAGCGAGCUCCCUUCUGGGUGCCCACCUGCUUACCACCCUACCUAGUGUCCAGCCUGCCUCCAGAGCGUCCAUGUGACUGGCCCCUGGCCCCGCACCCCUGGGUGUACUCCGGGGGCCAGCCCAAAGUGCCCUCUGCUUUCAGCUUAGGCAGCAAGGGUUUUUACCAUAAGGAUCCGAGUAUUUUCAGGCUGGCGAAGGAGCCGUUGGCAACGGUGGACCCUGGGUUGCUGGGCUUAGCCCCUGGCGGGCCGCUCCAGAGAAGCGGGGAGGCAGAGUGCCCUUCGCUCCACCCGAGGGAUGGAGAGACAGGCCUCGGCAGGCAUCAGAAUCUCUGCCCACUUCUCCUGGGGCAUCCAGACACUGUUCCCCGGACCCCCUGGCCCACUUGUCCCCCAGGCCUUGUUCAUACUCUUGGCAACGUCUGGACUGUCCCGGGCGGUGGGGGCCUUGGGUACCAGCUGAGGCCAUCAACCACAUCAAGGUGCCCCUCUCCUGGGCCUCCCACCACCCAGGUGGGCUGUUACUCAUCCCACCCACCUGCUGGAGAUGGAGGCCUUGGCCCUUGUGGGAAGUGCCAGGAGGGCCUGGAGGGGGGCGCCAGGGGGUCCGGCGAGUCCAUCGAGGAAGCAAACAAGGCCUCCGGUCCCAGGGCCUGCCUGCCCAACCACCACACCAAGCUGAAGAAGACGUGGCUCACCAGACACUCCGAGCAGUUCGGGUGCCCGGGAGGCUGCCCUGGGGACGAGGAGAGCCCGGCUGCCCCGCUUCAGACCCUCAAGAGGGCAAGUAGCCCUGAGGUCCAGGGAGUGGCCGGCAGCCCAGCCGCCAAGCGCCCCCCUGACCCUUUCCCAGGCAGUGCAGGGCAGGACGUCCUGGACUCAUCACCGGGGAACAAGGCGGAGGCAGAACAGCGUGCUGACCGCAGAGGACCCCGAGAUGGCAGGGCCGGCCUCCAGGACCCAGGGCGUCAGGAUGCACCUUGCUCAGCUCCCCCGGCAGGCAUUGCUCAGUGCCAAAGCUGUGCCCAGGCAGCGGGUGAGGUGGGAGGGCUGGCCUGCCACUCCCAGCAAGUGCCCAGAUCGUCUCUGGGAGGGGAGCAGCAGGAGGAAGACUCGGCAGCCAGCUCCGAGGAGGGAGGAGGCUCUGGCCCGAAGGCCGGGCCCAGCGUGGGCCUCGCCAAACACCUUCUGAGUGGUUUGGGGGACCGACUGUGCCGCCUGCUGCGGAGGGAGCGGGAGGCCCUGGCCUGGGCACAGCGGGAAGGCCAGGGGCCGGCUAGGACAGAGGACAACCCAGGCGUUCCAGGUUGCUGCAGCCGCUGCCACCAUGGACUCUUCAACACCCACUGGAGUUGCCCCCGCUGCAGCCACCGGCUGUGUGUGGCCUGUGGUCGCAUGGCGGGUGCUGGGAGGGCCAGGGAGAAAGCAGGCUCUCCGGAGCAGCCCACGGAGGAGUGUGCCCAGGAGGCUGGGCACAGCGCCUCCUCCCUGAUGCUCACCCAGUUUGUUUCCAGCCAGGCUUUGGCAGAACUGAGCACCGCAAUGCACCAGGUCUGGAUCAAGUUUGAUAUCCGGGAGCACUGUCCCUGCCAAGCUGAUGCCCAGGUGUGGGCCCCUGGGGAUGGGGGCCAGCAGAAGGAGCCUAGAGAAAAAAACACCCCAACUCCACAACCUUCCUGCACGGAGGACACCAACAGGACCAAGGACAUCAAAGCGGAGACCCUGGACUCCACAGAGACCCCUGCCAAGGACCGUGCCAGCCGAGGGCCCCUGCCUUGUCCCUCUCUCUGUGAACUGCUGGCCUCCACUGCUGUCAAACUCUGCUUGGGGCACGAGCGGAUACAUAUGGCCUUUGCCCCUGUCACUCCAGCCCUGCCCAGCGAUGACCGAAUCACCAAUAUCCUGGACAGCAUCAUCGCGCAGGUAGUGGAACGGAAGAUCCAGGAGAAAGCCCUGGGGCCUGGGCUGCGGCCUGGAUCAGCCCUGCGCAAGGGUCUGGGCCUGCCCCUCUCACCAGUGCGGCCUAGGCUGCCUCCCCCGGGGGCUUUGCUGUGGCUGCAGGAGCCCAGGCCUCGGCGAGGCUUCCACCUCUUCCAGGAGCACUGGAGGCAGGGCCAGCCUGUGUUGGUGUCAGGGAUUCAGAGGACAUUGCAAGGCAGCCUGUGGGGGACCGAGGCUCUUGAGGCGCUUGGAGGCCAGGUGCAGGCGCUGACCCCCCUCGGGCCUCCGCAGCCUACAAACCUGGGCACGGCAGCCUUCUGGGAUGGAUUCUCCCGGCCUGAGAUUCGCCCAAAGUCAUCUGAGGGCUCAGUCCUCCUGCUGCACAGAGCUCUGCGGGAUGAGGACACGAGCAGGCUGGAGAACCUGGCUGCCAGCCUGCCCCUCCCAGAGUACUGUGCCCAACAUGGGAAACUCAACCUGGCUUCCUACCUCCCACCGGGCCCUGCCCUGUGUCCACUGGAGCCCCAGCUGUGGGCAGCCUAUGGUGUAAGCCCACACCGUGGGCACCUGGGGACCAAGAACCUCUGUGUGGAGGUGACUGACCUAGUCAGCAUCCUGGUCCGUGCUGAAGCCCCACUGCCUGCCUGGCAUCGGGCACAGAAAGACUUCCUCUCAGGCCUGGACGGGGAGGGGCUCUGGUCUCCAGGCAGCCAGGUCAGCACCGUGUGGCACGUGUUCCGGGCACAGGACGCCCAACGCAUCCGCCGUUUUCUCCAGAUGGUGUGUCCGGCUGGGGCAGGCAACCUGGAGCCUGGCACCCCAGGAAGCUGCUACCUGGAUGCAGGGCUUCGGCGGCGCCUGCGGGAGGAGUGGGGUGUGAGCUGCUGGACCCUGCUGCAGGCCCCCGGAGAGGCUGUGCUGGUCCCCGCAGGGGCUCCCCACCAGGUGCAGGGCCUGGUAAGCACAGUGAGUGUCACUCAGCACUUCAUGUCCCCCGAGACCUCUGCCCUCUCUGCUCAGCUCUGCCACCAGGGGUCCAGCCUGUCCCCUGACUGCCGCCUGCUUUGUGCCCAGGUGGACUGGGCUGUGUUCCAAGCAGUGAAGUUGGCCGUGGGAACAUUACGGGAAGCUAAAUAGAGGGAUCCCAGGUGUCUGGGGUAGAGGUGGUGGGUAGGUAGACCAGGUGCUCAGCUCAGGCACAGCAUAAGCAGAGAAGACACUGGGGACUUGGGGACUUUUGGUCAAUUCCACAUGCACCACUCUGGGUACCAGCAGGACACCCUGUUUCCCGCUUCUAACCUGGACCCUAAAGCCAACAACCACAGUGCCACUGAAGUUCACACCUGCCCUUCGCAGGCUGGCACCUGCUCCACCCCUGUGCCCCUCUCCAUGGUACCAGGCCCACACUGGGGGUGCUGACUCCCUUCAGCCCCUGGCCCCCCAACCCAGGAGACAAACAGCCUUUCCUUGGGGGACUUUGGGAAUCAGUCUGGCUUAAGCAACACCUUCUGCUCCCUCAUCUCCUGCUGUCCCACCUGCGCCAAGCUCUGUUACACACCCACCUCCUCACGGGACUCUGGGCGCCCAUGCACUGCAGGCAUCUGGACAAUGGGGCCGCUGAAAUCCUGCCCUCUUGUGACGCGUGGGGCGGGGGUGGCCUCAGGACACUACCCAGGCUUGGCUGAAGGGAAUGAUGGGGUGAGGCCCUGUCCCUGUUCCCUCCUCUCACCUCCCUCCUUCCUAUUUUCCAUUAAAGUCUUGUUUUCUGAAAGCCACCAGGCCAGUGUGGUUGGCCCUGCUCCUGCUGGCCACAUAGAUUGGGGAGGGAGGGGAGACAUGGAAAUGGAACCAGGUGGGCAGGAGCUGGGCUGUCUCUGACAGGGACCUCAAACACCCCUGCCUGCUCUUCUUCCCUGGACCUGGGUCCCUCCCUCUCACUGAGCAGAUGGAGCCUUCCAGGGGGCUACCCUGAGGAUGCUCCUGACAAGCGACAAUAGCAAGGCAGAGCCCUGGGCACAGCAGCAAGGUGGCUUUGACCCCAACCCUCCCCGAAAACUCCAGGCUACCCCAUCUCUUCCAUCUGAUCUGACUCGGAGCUCCGGGAGUAUGGCCCAGGACAGCCCCGGCCAGGGCUUGGCCUGCUGCCUGAGCCGGUUGGCAGCCCCUCCCCAUCCCCAGGGCUCUCUGGUGUGGCUCUGCCUGUUCCCCUGCCCUAGCACACCUCAGCCAGCAUGCUCCCACUCGUCAUACCUGAUUGUUCUGCGGUGGUUCGGGAAAUGUGUGUGUGAUUUUUUUAAUAAAAUAAAAUUUUUUAUUAUAAAUUUAA